AGCACAGUCCCGACGUGAGCGGAAAGUUCAGCUGGAGAGCGCGGUGUGUCGGACGGACUCAGAACCAGAAGCAACCGAAAGCUGGAACCAACCACUGACAGCCGCCAUACCAGCACGGGCUCAUCUCACGGACCCACCGGAAGCCGCAGAGCAGCUGCUCCUGACAGAUCUAUCCACUUCCUACCACAUUCCCUGCAGUGACACCCCUGUUAAAAUGGGGUGAUUGUUGUUGUUAUAUCUUCAUCCAACAAAUUGAACUGGAACAAGCCCAGUGCCGCACAUAUCCUGAUGUCUGAAAAUUCAAAUUCCAAACUCUACCACUUCGCAAUUCUGGAGGACCAGGAGGGAGCCUCAGGCUGCAGAGCAUCCACGUCCUGCAGCUCCAUGCCGAGAAGGGCCUCUGGGUGCAGCUCGAUGGCACAGCUGCAACGGACUGGAGGUUACAACCAAGGUGGGCCCAACCUCGGCCUCGCCUCGGAGGGCAGCGACAGCAGUGGCCAGGACCCCCCCGCCUUGCUGCACACCCAUCGCAAGAACACCCGCUCUCGCUCGCUUCCUGAGGAGGACGUGGAGAUGAAGAGCAGUGGGUCGAGUGGAAGCGGGACCGAAUCGCACGGCAAUGAGAGUCACGGCAGCCACAGCCACGGCCACAGCUCGAUGGGCAGUUCAAAUGGAAACAGCAAAGACUCUGCCCUGCAGGAAUCUUCUGAAAGCAACAAAAGCUCCAACUCCCACAGCUCGUCUCCUCCCAGCAGCUCAAAUGCCUUCAGUCUGCUGAGCUCAGAGCAGGACAACCCCUCGACCAGUGGCUGCAGUAGUCAGGAGUCCGCCAAAGCCAAGACGCAGAAGGAGCUGAUUAAAACCCUGAAAGAGCUGAAGCUUCACCUGCCUGCUGAGAAGAGAAGUGGUAGCAAGUCCUCCACGUUGAACAUGCUCAAGCACGCGCUGCACUGUGUCAAACAGGUGGAAGCCAAUGAGGAGUAUUACCAGCUUCUGAUGACCAAUGACAGUCAACCCUCAGGCCCGGAUGUGUCUUCUUACACAAUAGAGGAAAUAGACAGCAUUACGUCUGAGUACACCCUCAAGAACAAUGACAUUUUUGCAGUGGCAGUGUCACUGACCACGGGACGCAUCGUCUACAUUUCGGAUCAGGCCGCCUCCAUCCUCAACUGCAAGAGAGAGGUGUUCAAAAACACAAAAUUCGUGGAGUUCCUGCCGCCACAGGAUGUGAGCGUGUUUUACAGCUUCACAACGCCGUACCGCCUGCCGUCAUGGAGCAUGUGUACUGGAGCAGAGUCAUCCCCGCCUGACAUCAUGCAGGACAAAUCCUUCUUCUGUCGUAUCAGCGGUGGUAAAGAGUGUGAGGGCAUCAUGCAGUACUAUCCCUUCCGCAUGACACCGUAUCGGAUGAAGGUUCAGGACACCGUCCACUCUGAGGACCAGUUCUGCUGCCUCCUCCUGGCUGAGAGGGUUCACUCUGGUUAUGAUGCACCCAGAAUUCCCUCAGACAAGCGGAUCUUCACCACCACACACACUCCCAGUUGUGUGUUCCAGGAUGUCGAUGAGCGGGCUGUUCCUCUCCUCGGGUACCUCCCUCAGGACCUGAUCGGCACAUCCCUCCUGCUCCACCUGCAUCCCAAUGACCGACCCAUCAUGAUGGCCAUUCACAGAAAGAUCCUUCAAUACGCAGGGCAGCCAUUUGACCACUCAUCAAUCCGCUUCUGUGCACGAAACGGAGAGUACGUCAUCCUCGACACCAGCUGGUCCAGUUUCGUCAACCCCUGGAGCCGCAAGGUCUCAUUUGUCAUUGGGAGACACAAAGUUCGCAUGGGCCCCGUGAAUGAAGAUGUUUUUGUGGCCCGGGCCUCCUCUCUCGGGGAGACAAAGACCAUGGACUCUGACAUCCAGGAUAUGACAGAGCAGAUCCACCGCCUCCUGCUACAGCCGGUUCAUAACAGUGGGUCAAGUGGCCACGGCAGUCUGAACAGCAAUGACCACCUUUUGGGACUGUCCUCCUCAAGUGAGAGCAUUAACAAGAGCAAGGUGCUGCGAGAGGAGGAGGAACUGAUCAGCAAAGCCAGACCACGAACUUUUCAGGAAAUCUGCCAUGGGGUUCACCUUCAGAAGAGUCAGGAGCAGCAGACACCCAAACCAGACAACAAGAAAAGCAUCAGCAUAGAGUCUUCACAGAAGAGCCCAGCUGUGGUGCAGACCGAAGAAUCGCCAACCCCUCUCAAGGAGCCGUGGUCUAUGGAGGAGAGCCAGACAUCUGUUCAGGAGGAGCUGGCCUUCAAUGACCAGACUGUCUACUCCUACCAGCAGAUCAGCUGUUUGGACAGCGUCGUCAGGUAUUUGGAGAACUGUAUUGUUCCCAUCAACAUGAAGAGGAAGUGUCAGUCUUCUUCCAACACCACAUCCUCCAACUCGGAUGAGGACAAACAGAAAGGGAGCAGCAACAUCCAGUUGUCUGAAGAACCAGCUUUGUUAAAGGAUCAGUCUGGAGUUUCUGCUAUGGAUGAUCGAGACAAAAAGUCCGGUGAUGCCGCCACUGCAGUAGUUGGCACUUCGCUGCCCCUGCCUGUACCUAACAAACCGGAGAGUGUGGUGUCGGUCACCAGCCAGUGUAGCUACAGUAGCACCUUAGUGCAUGUUGGUGACAAGAAACCUCAACCUGAGUCAGAGAUCAUAGAGGAUGUACCAGGAGCGGGGGAGAUGACAGAAUCCUGCCUGAACGCUGGGGCUCCUCAUUGCGCUGUUUCACCUCCCAGUCAGGAGAGGGAGUCCUACAAGAAACUGGGACUGACCAAGCAGGUGUUGGCGGCCCACACGCAGAAGGAGGAGCAGGCCUUCCUGCAUCGCUUCAAAGAGCUCAGUAGACUCACAACGCUGCAAGCCAACUGCUCCGAGUACCUGGAGCGCCAGCGAGAGCAGAUCGCCAGUGAUGCUGUGCCCGCUGCUCGGCCCUUCAAACAGGCUGGACUGGUUACAGAGCCCGUCGCACGGCGAGGAACACGCAACAAGAAGACCAAGUCGAAGCGAGCGAGGCAGGUUGAGUCCUCGGACAGCACGGAGUCACACUACAGUCAUCGGCAUCUGCGGCAACCUCGCAUAAACCAUGGCCUUAACCCCACCUGCUGGUCCUCCUCUGACACCUCGCAGUCCCCGUACGCCAUGACCUACCCGGCCAUGAUCCCAGGCUUCCCUCUCCAGGGUUACCCCACACCUGCUUCCAUAGCGACUCACACAGAUCCCCCUCUAGCAAAUUUUGGGGACAACCCAACUGCCCAAGCCCCUUCCUACCCGCCAUCUAUCCAUCCUGUUCCCUUCAACACCCCCAUGGUCACCCCCAUGGUCACCCCCAUGGUCACCCCCAUGGUGGCUUAUGUGCUGCCAAACUACAUGUACUCUGCAAUGACCCCCGGGCCUCAACCACCACAGCCAGUGUACCACGCAGAGACCGGAGGCUUCACCACCCCAACACAUCCUUUUUGUCAGGCUGCCUUCCCAGGCCAGGGCACUUUCAUGGUUCAACCCUCCUUCGGUGUCCAGAAUCACUUCAACCCCCAGAACCUUUUUGCCCCCACGGCCGGGUACAUGACCCCAUCGUACCACCUCCCUCUAUCCACGGAAAUCCCAAAGGGCCUGGCAGAGACCCAGUCUCGCCCAUCGUCGCCCCAGUCUGGAUUGGGAGGAGGUCCAGCAUCCCCACCUCUGUUCCAGUCUGGCUGCAGUUCACCCCUCAACCUGCUGGAGCUUGAGCUGUCUGCAGACCUCCUGGACAACACAAUGCUGCCCCCUGGAGGACAAGGGAACACCGCUGAAAGGGAGAAAGGAGCAAUCGGCACUCCAUCCAAGGCAAGCUCACGUGGCAGCGGGAACACCAGUGAUGCGAACUCUUUAUCCAGCGGCAUGUUGGACAUUCUGCUCCAAGAGGACUCUUGUUCAGGCACAGGCUCGGCCACCUCGGGGUCCAUGGGCUCAGGGUCCAACGGACGUGGAACCUCGGCCAGCGGGACGUCCAACAGCCGUACAUCUAAUAGCAGGACAUCAGGCAGUGGAGUGUCGGCGAGUGGGACCUCCGGCAGUGGAACAGGAAGCAACAACAGCAGUAAAUACUUUGGCAGCGUGGACUCAUCCCAGAACAGCCAGAAGGUCAAAGGUCAUCUGAGCGGCAGCGACGAAAGGCCCGUGGACAUGGAGCAGAGCGAACAGUUCAUCAGUGACAUCCAGCAAGUGCUCAGAGAGGACAGGGAGAAGCUGCGGCUGCUGCACAAGAACCAGCCAUGCUUCUCUGAGGAGCAGAAGAAGGAGCUGAUGGAGGUCCACCCCUGGAUGAAGAAUGGAGGUCAACCCAAGGCCAUAGACAUCAAGGUGUGUUCCUGCUGUGACGGCGCCUCAGAGGCAGCUACAGUAUCAACCGCAUCAGCAGCAGCAGCAGUAGCAGCAGCGAUGGCGGACUAUCAGCCGGCCCUGGACAUCAGUGACACAGAGACGGGGGGAGGUCGGCUGCCAGCAUAGGCCCAGAGACAAGCUGUCAAACACGGUCAUUGCUUCCUGCCACGGCCCUUCGCUUGUCUCCAGCUCACAGACGCACACCAGCCAGACAAUGAACUGCUCCAGAUUUUCAGAGGGACAUUAAUUGACUUUGAAGAUGGACUUGGAAGAUGGAUUCCCAUAAAAAUCUUCAUUCCUGUCUCUGUCUUGCUGUUUCAAGAGUUGUACCAGUUAAAAUAUCAAAGAAAACCGGCUCAAAUAUGGUUGAAUGUAAUGUGAAGUGGUCAUUAAAUGAUAUUUUAUUUUGAUACACUUACAAGCUGCAGGAGGUAGGAUUCUGUUGGCGCUAGCGAGGGUUGCUUGGCUCGAUGACAGAGCAUGUUCGUUUCCAUUUGUUUCUGCGUAGCACUUUGGCAAAGAUGCGCAGAGAGAAGACGAUGUGCAGAGGUCAAACAAACACAGAGUUAAAGGCUGCUUUGCACACACGCCAGGAAGUGGCACAGGGGUGAACUAGCCGCUGUGAUCACGUUAGUUCCUUUUUCUUACAGAGAGCAACAGACUCUGUGACGACUUUCUCUACCUCCAUCCUCAGCAGGGGUGGGAGAAACGCUCAGAUAGGAGUACAAUCACAAUGCAAGGACAAUCUAUUAAAAGUCUGGAUUCAAAAAGUUU